ACACUGGGCAAUAGGGGCGAGUCGUAUCCCCCUAAACAUAUCUGUGGCCAGACAUGUUUGGGCGGUAUGUCGCUACACGGAAAUGCUGACGGUCAAAGUAGUUCGAGUCUUGUGACGUCAUUACGGCGAAGGGUCACGGAAACAGGUCCAGUCCAUUGUCAGCGUUCUCCAACUCGUAAGUCGCCGAGCAGCCGAGCAGCCAUGGCCUUCCGCGACGUUUCCAAAGAAGCACUCAUUGGAACUGUCACACUGGGAGUUAUUUUUAUGGCAGGAUAUUUGUUCGGGAAGAGAAAAUCUAUUCAAAUGAACUUGUCCAAAAGUCACGGCAGCGGGCAAAGCAACCCGCUGAUGCAGUACGUCCUGCGCCACUCCAUGAGGGAACACCCCGCCUUGGCCAACCUCAGACUGAAGACACUGGAGCACAACAAAAACGCCAUGAUGGUCUCCUGCGAGCAGUCGCAGUUUAUGGCCAAUUUGGUCAGACUGAUCAAAUCCAAGAAGGCUAUCGAGAUCGGAGUGUACACAGGUUACAACACGCUGAGCGUUGCGUUGGCGUUGCCCGAUGACGGCGUCGUCGUGGCGUGCGACGUCGAAAAUAAAUAUGCCGACAUUGGCAAACCUUUCUGGAAAGAGGCCGGAGUGGAGAAGAAAAUUGAUCUUCGCAUCCAGCCAGCAUUGGAAACACUGAAUGCGCUGUUGGAUGCGGGCGAGGCCGAAACCUUUGACUUUGUCUUUCUCGACGCUGACAAAGUUAACUAUGAGGUGUACUAUGAAAAGUCACUGCAGCUCAUCAGGAAAGGCGGCAUCAUUGCCAUCGACAACGUGCUGUGGGGCGGCAGGGUGCUGCAUCCCACCCCGGACGACCCGGAUACGUUCGCCAUCGACAAGCUGAACAAGAAACUGCACAGAGACGCUCGCAUCAGCCUGAGCAUGCUCACCGUAGGGGACGGCCUCACGCUGGCCAUCAAACUGUAGGAAGGCAUCAAUGCCAAGGAGAAAUGAUGGUUAUUUCCUGAAAUAUUGGCCAGGGGCAUUUACUUGCUCAACUGCAGAGAAUGCCAGCAAGUCUUAGAAGGCUUUUUAAUUGGCUCUCCAAGUACCACUAUCGUGACCAACAGCAACAUUUUGGAGCAUAGAAGGCCUGGACGUUCAUCAAAUUUGAGACAGAGGUUUUAGUCCUAAAUUUAAAUUUAUGGCACAUAAAAAUUCUAACCUAAAUAAAAGUUAAAAACAAAACUGUUCUUAAUGAUUAAAAGCAAAUGUAUUGAAAAGUUAAAUACAACUGAAAUGUACUAAGGUAGUGACUUUAUUUUUAAAAAUGAGGCAAAUACUGUUAA